UGAUUAUUGAAAUCCGUAUAUAAAGUGCUGUGCUCAUAUAAUUAACAAUAAUAAGUCGUUUGAUUCGGUUUUUAGCUUAAUGUGAUAAGGCUGGAAUUGGAUUAAUAUUACAAAUUAUAUUAAUAAUAUAAAAUUGUGAAGCUUCGAAGAUGAAACUCCUUGUUGCUUUUGCCAUUUUACUGGUCGGUGCCAAUGCCAAUAUUCUGCGGAGUCCGAGUAACGAAGAACAUGUCUCGGAAGACAUCAAAAAGCAAUAUUCUUUCUCGGAACUCUCAACAGAACAAUUAGGUCAACUGAUGUUACAACACCUGGAUGAUUCUCGUUUUGUUGAUAUAAUAGUUGUUGAAAUUAUCCAAAGAAUAAGGGAACAGAUUGUUGAGGCCGGACUGGAUCCUUUGGAAAAGGAUAGAUUGGAACUUGAAUACACACUGCCAGUUACUGACCUUUUAAAUGUCAACACCUAUGUGAAUAAUUUGGUAUUGGCUGGUGCAAGUGACAUCGUGAUCAACAAUAUGGAUUACAGUAUUUUAUUGACCAGACUUACUUUCGAUAUAUCUCUGCCCAGGCUCUCAGCUAAUAUCGGUAGCUCCGCCUUAGACGUAACCUUUUUUGGUGAAUCUUUAACUACAGCCUUACGAGGAUAUAUCGCGAUCGAAGAUAUUCGCGUACAGGGUAACGUUCGUUUUAGCAUUGGCAUCAUCAGUGGUAUCAGUCUCCACAGCCUUAACAUCGACUUCACCCUAGGCGGUAUUGAGUCUCAUCUCGAUCUGGCAGUCCAGAAUGUUAAUUACUCGGAAAUUCUCAACAACGUCCUAGGAGGUACAAUUCCCAAUGCAAUCGCAGAAAACAGGGAAGAACUCAACGAGUUGUUGGAGUACAUUGUUGCAAAUGAAAUUGACAAAUUUUUGAGCAGCGACGACCAACCUGAAAAUAUCUAUCAAAACCUAGUCUGGUUUGGUGUUUCGCAUCUAUCUUCCGAGAUGAAAUUCAUAAUUGCUCUGGCCGUUUUGCUGGUUGGCGCCAACGCCAAUAUUCUGCGUAGCCCAACUCGCAAUGAAUAUGCCUCGAGCAUCUCUGCGAUACAAUCUUUCUCGGACCUCUCACUAUCAGCUAAGGAGUUAGGUAAGCAAAUAGCGCAGCACAGGGACGAUGCUCGUCUCAUCGAGGCAAUAAUUACUGAGAUUAUCCAAAGAAUAGCCGAUCAGAUCGUCGCUGCUGGCCUGGACCCUUUGGAAGUGGACAGAUUGGAACUGGAAUACAGACUGCCAGUUACAGACUUGCUGAUCGUCACUGGUGAAGUGGAGAACUUGGUGUUGGCUGGCGUGAGCAAUAUCGCGAUAAACAACAUCAAUUACGGUAUUCUCUCAAGCAGACUCACCUUCGACAUCUCUCUGCCUAGGAUCUCGGCGGUUAUCGGUGCCUCUUCUUUGGACGUUACCUUCUUUGGGGCAUCCUUAACUUCUAGCUUAAGUGGAUCUAUCGCUAUCGUGGAGCCUCGCGUGCAAGGAGACGUUCGUAUCAACAUCAGCAUCAUCGGAGGUAUCUCUGUCCGCAGCCUCAGUAUUGACUUCACCCUACGCGAUAUUGAGUCCGACCUGAAUCUGGCAAUCCAGGGUGUCGACUACUCUGCUCCUCUCAACAACUUGCUUGGAAAUGUAAUCCCCACCGCAAUUGCAGAAAACAGGAGCGAAAUCAAUAAACAGUAUCUUUCCAUCUAUUCGCUAUAUUUUCGUACAGUUCCGGCAUAGAACGGGCCACCCCUU